UUUCUUUUCUAUUCGUUUGUAUUAUUAAUAAUUGAUAUUCUAUUAGGUUUCAACUUCGUUUUGAUCGCCAAACCAUCUUUGGAAAUACAAUAUACAGUCAUCUUUAAACAUUUCAUGUAAGAUAAACAGUUAUAACUUGUGUGGAAAACCAUAUCAGCAAAAUGGAGCUUCUUCCUUGGGAGAUUGUCCUUGACAUACUGUCAAGGCUUCCAAUUCCAAGUUUAGUGCAAUCCAAGUCCGUAUGUCGAGCCUGGCAUAGCCUAAUACAAGAUCCAGUGCUUGUGAACAAGCAUUUCUGGCGCACGGUUGAGAAUGAUCCCGGCUUGAUUUUACAGACUGAUCACCCUGUCAAAAACCAGCUUUAUUUUGGAGAUUUCUCUACUGAUCGAAACGAUGGAAACUUGAUCACAACGAAACUUUCCAUGCCACCCCUGCUCAACUUACAUUUGGUAAGUUCAUGUAAUGGAUUGCUAUGCUUGCGUGCCUCUUCCGUAAGCUUUGGACUCUGCAUUUAUAAUCCUUUUACCAGGGAUUAUACAGAGUUACCCAAACUAACGAAGCCCCGUUGUCAUGGGGGACUGUUAGGAUUUGGUUUCGAUCCUACAACAAAGGAAUAUAAGGUCAUCGUGAAAUCAUAUGAUAGAAGACCUUUUAGACCCUUUUAUGUUGCUGGAUCUACACUUCUUCGACCUCAGGUUGCUGCAUCUACUUCAAUUGAAGCUGCGGUUCAUAUUUUGACUAUUGGUAACCCCACAUGGAGAAAUUUAGGGAAUCUGCCGUUCCAUUUGAGGUUGCAACGAUCUCAGGUUCUGGUCAAUGGUAAACUUCAUUGGGUUUCUUAUCGUAACCGAUAUAAAGCAACUAACCCUAUUAUAUCCUUUGACCUGACCACUGAACAAUUCCAGGAGGUCCCUAGGCCUGAUUGCAUCAAUAUGGCCCGGCGAAGUGCUCAACUAGUUGUUCUACGAGGUUGUCUCGCCGCAGCUUCUUAUCAGGAUGAUAGUGAACAAUUGGAGAUCUGGGUUAUGACGGAAUAUAGUGUGAAGGAGUCUUGGGUCAAAGAAUUUAGCAUUGGAACUCACGUACCACAAAUAUUGCAGCAAAAUGGGUGUGGAUCCUUCAAUCAUCCAAGGCUUUUUUUAUCUAAAAAAUGCAUCCGAGUCCUAUGCCUAUUAAGAAGUGGGAAGAUCUUAUUGGAGUAUAAAAACAAAGCACUUGUUCUUUAUGAUCCUCAUUGCGGGACAUUCAAGGAUCUUCAACUUAAAUUUCAAGGAAUUCAGAAGUGUUUCAAAGUAGUCGUCCAUGUUGCAAGCCUCAAUUGGAUCGAUUCCUUCCUCAAUACCUAAAUGCUGAAAUCACACGCAUACACAAAAUUUUUACUCUUUCUUCAUGAUUAGAUUGAUCUCUGAAUUAAUGUUUACUUUGACUUUGUACAUAUCUUUACUAGCCGCUGAACUUGAUGAGAUUGUCCUUGGUUUUU